CUAGUCAAUAGUUUAUUUAUUAUAUUCUCAUUAAUUAAUGGUCAAAGUCUCAAACUUGGAAGGAGAUGCUAUUUUAUAAUUUUCAUCUGUUUGAUCCUUCCUUACCAAGUUACCAUGAUUUUUCAUCUUCUUUCUCUAUCUCCCAACUUCAACUGAAGUGAACCCUUUCUUCUCUUCAAGCCAUCCACAAUUCAUGUUAACACAAGCCCUAUUGAAUGUUCUGUGGCAAGUUGGCAACCAUGACCUCAGUGACAGAUCCUUCCCUAGAAGACACUGAUUUUUUAGAAACCAUAAAGUUCAUAAGCCAAAUCCUGAUGGAAGAGAAUGUUGAACAGUUACCUGUUUAUGACUCACUUAGCUUGCAAAUCACUGAGAAAUCAUUCCAUGAUGCUCUCUUUCACAAAACAUCUCAAAACCCCUUAGAUAUUCAUAACUCCAAUGCUGGAACAUCCAACACCCAUAAUUCCCCUGAUACUAUUCUUGGUGAUCAUGGUUUUCAAUUUAACUCCAGUGCAAUUCCUCACACUUUCUCAAAUAGUGUUAGUGAUGGACUCAGAGAUUUGGAUACUUCAAUUACAAAUAUGUUGGCACAAAACAUAUUCAGUGAUGCCGAUUCUGUUUCCCAAUUCAGGAAAGGUUUAGAAGAAGCCACCAAGUUUCUUCCACCACAGCCUCAACUCUUAACUGCUCUAGAGUCAUCCCAUUUCAAUAAAAUUGGAGAGAAAGAUAAUCAUCCACUUGUAUUGAAAGGUAGAAAGAAUCACGAGCGCGAAGAAAUUGAUACUAAAGAAGAAGAAGAGAGAAGUAACAAGCAAUUAGCACUUGGUGUUGUUGAUGAGGAUGAGUUAUCAGAAAUGUUUGAUAAAGCUUUGCUUAAUGUGGAACAUUUGCCACAUUGCAAUGAACAAAAUUAUUGGCUGCAGAAUGAACAAGCUAACACAGAGAAGCAGCAACCUUCAUCAAAUAGAAGAAAGGCUUGUCCCAAGAAACAAGACAGAAAACAUGAAGAAACAGUGGAUUUGAGGAAUCUUCUGCUUCUGUGUUCACAAUCUGUGUAUGUCAAUGACACCAUAAAUGCCAAUGAACUACUGAAGCAGAUUAAGCAACACUCUUCACCCUUUGGUGAUGCAACACAACGGUUGUCUCAUUACUUUGCCAAUGGCCUCAAUGCACGCCUUAUCGGCGAUGGUACCAUAAAGAUUUUGUAUUUGAUGAAGACAGCAACUGGAUGCUUCAAGGUUGGAAAGGUCGUAUUUUAUAUGCUUCCACAUGUUGGGUGCCAUCAUAAUUAAUCAACUCACAUCAUACUAGACAUAUGGUGUGAGCGUUGUUAUUAGAUUUUUAGACAUUCAGCAUGUGUAAUUAGGUUUUUAAAUUAGAUCAUGUGUUUUCUAUUAUAAGUUCAUGUAAAUUUUGUUCAUUCUAUUAGUCUAUUUGAUUUUGGGUUGAAUUUGGAUUAAUACAUGAUGUUGAUUCUAUUCUUAAUGGUCUUUUGUGAUUUAUCAAUUAUUAUCA